AGCUGGGUGGAAGCUGCGAUGCUUUUCCACAGUCUUUCCGGCUCGGAGAUGCACGGGGUCAUCGACGAGAUGGAUCGCAGAACCAAAAGCGAAGCACCGGCCAUCAGCUCGGCUAUAGACAGGGGAGAGACGGAAACGACCAUGCCUUCCAUCAGCAGUGACAGGGCUGCCCUGUGCGCCGGCUGCGGGGGUAAAAUCUCCGACCGUUAUUACCUCCUGGCUGUGGACAAACAGUGGCACAUGCGCUGCCUGAAGUGCUGUGAAUGUAAACUCAACCUGGAGUCCGAGCUCACCUGCUUCAGCAAGGACGGCAGCAUCUACUGCAAGGAGGACUAUUACAGGAGGUUUUCGGUGCAGAGAUGUGCGAGAUGUCACCUGGGGAUUUCUGCCUCCGAGAUGGUCAUGAGGGCCAGGGAUUUGGUAUAUCACUUAAAUUGCUUCACUUGCACCACUUGCAACAAGAUGCUGACCACUGGCGAUCACUUUGGCAUGAAGGACAAUCUGGUGUACUGCCGCCUCCAUUUCGAGACUCUCAUCCAGGGGGAGUACCAGGUGCAUUUCAAUCACUCGGAUGUAGCCGCUGGGAAGGGCCCGGCUUUGGGAGCGGGCUCUGCCAACACUUUGGGACUGCCUUAUUACAAUGGCGUGGGGACUGUCCAGAAGGGGAGACCCAGGAAAAGAAAAAGCCCGGGGCCUGGAGCAGAUCUGGCAGCCUACAAUGCAGCUUUAAGUUGCAAUGAAAACGAUGGAGACCACCUGGACAGAGACCAGCAAUACCCCAGCAAUCAGAAAACAAAGCGCAUGAGGACGUCCUUCAAACACCACCAGCUGCGGACAAUGAAGUCAUACUUUGCUAUUAACCACAACCCUGAUGCCAAGGACUUGAAACAGCUAGCUCAGAAAACUGGCCUCACCAAAAGAGUUCUUCAGGUUUGGUUUCAAAAUGCUCGAGCCAAAUUCAGACGGAACCUCUUACGUCAAGAAAACACAGGGGUGGAUAAGACUUCAGACUCAACACUCCAAGCAGGGACCCCAUCGGGUCCUGCCUCAGAAAUAUCCAAUGCCUCCAUGAGUCCAUCCAGCACUCCCACUACUUUAACAGACUUGACUAAUCCCACUAUGCCAACUGUGACGUCGGUCCUGACAUCAGUGCCCGGAAGUCUUGAGGUUCAUGAAUCUCGAAGUCCUUCACAGACAACUCUUACAAAUCUUUUCUGA